AAUAACCAAACACAUUGUGCAUGCCUUCUUGAGAGUCAUAUAUAACCUAGCUUCACUACUGAUCGACAAGUAAGCAUAGCUUCCAAUAUAAUGGCAGCUGAAAUGACACCAGAACUUGAACUUCCGGGGUUUCGAUUCCACCCCACAGAGGAAGAGCUUCUCGAGUUCUACCUCAAGAGCGUUGUUUUCGGGAAGCGGCGGUUUGAUAUAAUUGAGUUUCUCAACAUCUACCGUCAUGAUCCUAGGGACUUGCCUGGAUUGGCAAAGAUUGGGGAAAGGGAGUGGUAUUUCUUCGUUCCGAGGGACAGGAAGCAUGGGAGUGGAGGAAGGCCUAACAGAACCACUGAAACAGGGUUUUGGAAAGCGACUGGUUCCGACCGGAAAAUUGUGAGCUUAUCUGAUCCGAAGAGGAUUAUCGGGUUGAGGAAGACUCUUGUGUUCUACAAAGGAAGAGCACCGAGAGGAACCAAGACGGAUUGGGUGAUGAACGAGUAUCGUCUGCCCGACAAUUGCAAAUUGCUCAAGGACAUAGUACUGUGCAAGAUAUAUAGAAAGGCAACUUCCUUGAAAGUGCUAGAGCAAAGGGCACAAAUGGAGGAAGACAUGAAGAUGGGCUUUCAUGCCAACUCCCCUAACAUUUCAUCAUCCCCUCCUACAUCAAUGGACACCAUCUCAUAUUCCAGCUUCCAAGAACAAGAAGCACAACACCAUCAUUAUCAUGAUGAUCUAACUGUGGAAAUUCCCACAAUGCCCACCAACCUCAAGAAAGAAUUAGCAGAUGAUGCAGCACUUGCAGUAGUAGUAGAGCAGAAACAGGAAGAUGAGCAAGCAAUGGAGUUGAAAGAGUCUCCCACAUCUCUUCAGACUCCUUUUGGAAAGGACAAACUGCCAGAGCUUCUGCUUCCCAAAAUGACCAUGGACUGGACGCAAGACCAAUUCUGGGCACCCAUGAACAGUCCUUGGCUUCUGUCGACCCCUUAUGCCAACAUUCUCAACUUAGAGUUACUUUGAUUAAUUUGAUCGGUACUUAGGAUGAAAUAAAAAUUUGGGUCUGUAAAUUUUGGUCGCAA